AUGGCGACGACUGUCUUCUCGAUGUACCUGGUUCUGUACAAACUCACUCAUUCUCCCUACAAAUAUCACCUACUUCCCUACAUGGUGAGAAACGCUUUUUGAAAAAAAAAAUGAGAAAUUUUCAGGUAAACUUAUUUUCGGUAGAAUUAUUCCUGACGGAAAACUUCUGUUGAGGUUCGUUAGAGCGCAUUUACCGAAUCUAAAAAAGCAUCAUUUUUUCUGGUUGUUCCUUCAAGGAACUGUAAUUCGUUCUUACAUUUAUUCCGCACAAUUUCACUUUUAAACAAGGAAAACUCGAAUUUUGGAGCAAUUUACGUGAUAUCGUUUUUAAGGUGUUUUAAGGGGAUUUUUAAGGUGAUUUUUAUCUUUUAAUUCAAUUUUUAAGAUGAUUUUCAUUUCUAGAGAAAUUUUUGGCCUUGAAUUUCUGAAUUGAGAAAAGUUCAUCUAAGAAAAUUUCUCGUCACACUUCAUUUGCGGCGGAUUCGUGUUGCGUUUCGAGAGGAUCCAGGCCAACUUUGUAUAAAUUAAAGGCCUUUUUCGGGUCAUGUUAUUUUCACAUUUUCCUGAUUUCUAUGAAGUGCGCCUUUCUACAAGGCCUCCGUGGCGUUUCAAUUACUCUAGUUCUUGGAUUCCACAUCUUCCCGAGUAUUUUCAAACACGGGUAUAUUGGCGUCGACAUGUGGGUUUAUAUAAUUUGAAUCGAAAACUUUUUUUGCGUGAGUAAAGGGAUUUUUCGAAUUUUUUGAUGACUCGAUUCCAAAAAUAUUUUUUCAUGUUAUGUUCAAGGUGCCGUGAAAUUGAAAACUAUCUCUGAUUCUCCUAAAUUUAGCUACAUAGCUAUAUUUUUUUAAUGUUCUGACGGUUAUUUUUUUGAAUUUCUUUAUACACGAAAAAAAGUUUAUUACAGUAGGUCGAUCACCGUCCAUAGUGAAAAACUUGAAUUCGAGGCUUUUCAUUGUUCUAAAAAUCGUUUUCAGAUUUUUUGUUUUAUCGGGAUACCUGAUAGCAAAGAUCCUGUCGAAAGAUGAAUCUCCAACGAUUUUGGAAUUUUUCUCAAAACGCUUCAAGAGGAUCCUUCCGAUGUACUAUCUCUCUGUUCUGAUAACGUUUAUUUGUGAGUUUUUUUUUCAAAUUUCAAUAGGUACAGUCAGAAAAUGCUUCUGAAGGCUGAAAUCAAAAAAAAAAUGAAAAAAAGUCUGAACAGUUUGAAAAAUUAACUUCCACCAGAUAUCCUUCAAAAACACUUUAUUUCCAUGAAAAUGAUGAGAAAUGAAAUUGAAAAAAAAUGUUUCAGCAUAAAAUUAAGUGUAAAAUGAAUGACUUCAGACAGUUUUUUUUUGUAUAUUUGAAUUUUCAGAUCGUUUCUUAAUUUUCCCCAAAAUUUCUUUCUGAAUCUAAUUUAUUCAGGCUGUGGCUUGAUUGUGCUGCCGAUAGACCGGCCUGAUUUCACAAGUGAUCUGAAAUGGGCCUUGCCUCUUGUCUACAACGUUGAGCCGACCUUUGAACAUCAUACUUAUUGGGAACAGGUACAACUAAAAACAGUUUUUUUUAAUGAUUGACUAGAUUUUUAGCUGGAACUUCUAGCUAGUGUUUGAGACCGUUCACUGAUUUUUUCUGAUUAUUAGAAUUAAUUGCAGAUUAUAUGAAUGUGACAGAGUGGAUGAAUGAAUCAAGUAACCAAAUUAUGUGAUUAUGAAAAUUUCUGAUCCGGUCUCAAAAAAAAAUUGAGCUGUCCCUAAAUUUUUUCCAAGGUCAGAUAUUCACUAUUCAUAUUUAAAUUUAUAAGAUUCGACUUUUUUAAAACUUUCUGACAGUGUUUUUUUCAGUUAUUUUUAGAAGCAGGAAAAAUUCAGGGCUCAUAAAAAUGCAACUUUAAGGAUAAUAAUUCAUCGACUUCAAUCAGAUUCAAGCUUUAGAGAAUUCAAAAAAUUCAUUUUUUGGCUAAAAACUUGAAGAAUCCUGAAAAAUGAAAUCCCCCUUUCCAGGUAAAAUCGGUGCGUUUCUUGGCGCAGACGUGGUCUUUGUGCUGCGAAGUGCAGUACUAUCUGAUCGCCCCUUUGAUUCAUUCCAUCGCUAAGAUUCUUCCAACGCAAUUGAGACUUGUUGGAUAUGUUUUUUCUAUCUCUGCAAGCUUAUUUUAUCACUGGACGGCGCCUUCGGAACGUGGCUACUCCCUGCUGCCGGCAAGACUUUGGCAGUUUCUCUGUGGAGCCUUGGCGGCUGAAUUAUCAGUCAUCUUACUGGGGCAAAACGGGAAGAAAGACAAAAAAGAAGGAGGUGAUUCUCUUGAUUGA